AUGUAUUAUCGGUUACAGAGUCUACUCAAAAUUAUCUUAAUUUCAUUUGUUAUUGUACCAAUUAUUAUAUUGAUAAACUAUGUAUUUGUUCGACAUGAAAAAUGUCCAUCAUGUCCAACAUCAACACAGCUAAUUCAAUCAAUAAUUUCUUCGAAUGAUUUAUCAGAUACAGAAGAUGAAAAAACGGCUGUUGAUGAUACUUCUAUAUUAUGUUUAGACUUGGCACAUCGUAUUGAUAGUGAACGAUAUUAUCCUCAAUCACCAGUUAUUUUUCCACCUACAUUUAAUGAUACAAAAACUUUUCGUUUUCCCUAUCGUUAUUCUCAUUGGAAAUCAUCAUCUAUUAUUCCUCGUGCAAUAUCUCACUGUGAACAUACAUUAGUAAUGCAUUUAUUAACGAUAAUUGAUCGAAUAUGUCGUCAUCAUAAAAUUACGUAUUUUAUGUCUGCAGGAACAUUAUUAGGUUCUAUAAGACAUCAUGAUAUUAUACCUUGGAAUGAUGAUGUUGAUAUAAUGGUACCAUAUGAACAACGCGAACUUUUUACUGAUGCAUUUAAACAAAUAAAAAACACAUUAAUUGGAUUAGUUUUACAUGGUGGUAAAACGCCAGAGCAAGAGUAUUAUAAAUUAUUUUAUAUUAAUACUCCAACUGCUGGAGAAUUUGAAUGGCAUUUUCCAUUUGUUGAUAUUUUCUUUUAUGAACAAAAUCAAACUCAUCUAGGGCGUUCAUUGAAUUCAGAUAAAAUAUUUCAAACAAGAUAUAUUUUUCCAUUAAUUUUAAGACCACUUGGAUACUUAUGGCUACCUGCACCAAGAAAACCAAAACGUUUAUUUCGAUUUGAUCCUUUUGAUGAAUGUAAAACCCAUUACUGGGAUCAUAGAAAUGAAAAUGGACAAGAAGAAAUAGCAGUUGAAUGCGAUCGUCUAAAGGAUAUUUAUCCAUUUGUUGAACCAAAUAAGAAAAAGAGAUGGAUUGAAAUUUUAAAAAUUAAUAAUACUAUUAUUCAUACAGUUGUUUUUACGUUAUAA